AUGGCCAAGAUAAUUGUUGUCUUCGGUGCAACAGGCAACCAAGGAGGUUCGGUCAUCGAUUCGAUCCUGUCCGACUCGGAUCUGUCACAGGAGUUCAGGGUUCGAGGCGUCACACGCAAUCCAGAGAGUGCAAGAGCUACAGACUUGAAAAGCAAGGGCGUCGAGAUGGUUGCGGCGGAUCUUUCAGACCCUGUCUCUCUCAACCGCGCCCUGGAAAAAGCUCAUACGGUCUUCCUCGUCACAAACUUUUGGGAAUAUCUUGAUCGUGAAGUGGAGACUAUCCAGGGCAGGAAUGUUGCCGACGCAUGUUCAUCCACUGGCGUGCAGCACCUCAUCUGCUCAACCGUAAUCAACGUGAGCGAAGCGAGCCAGGGCCGACUGACUCACGUCAAGCACUUCGACAGCAAAGCCGAUAUUGAACAGUAUGUGCGUGAAAAACAACUUCCGGCCACGUUUGUUCAUGCGGGUUUCUAUAUGUCGAAUGCUUUGACCCAGUCUAUCAUCCGAAAACAGCCUGACGACACGUAUGUGGUAGCGAUUCCUGUCAGCGAUGAGGCACUGUUGCCAAUGUUUGACGCCGCUGCGGAUACCGGAAAAUUUGUUAAGGCAGCCAUUAAAAACCGCCCCGCUGUGCUCGGCCAGCAAAUCUGCGCAUGCACCGAUUACUAUCGUCCGUCGCGACUCGCGCAAGAAUUUGCCGAGGUGAUGGGUAAACAUACUGAGUUGGUGCUUUUGAGUGAAGAAGAGUAUAAAGCCAGUGUUAUACCUCCCAGUUUCGGACAAGAAGCCUAUGAAACAUAUCUACUGAUGGAAGAUCCUGGUUACUAUGUUGGCAAGGGUCUGGAGGAGAGCCUUGAAUUGUUAGACGAGCAGCCGACCUCCUGGAAAGACUUUGUCCGGAAGAACAAAGACAAAUGGGUGUAG